UAUCAAGAGGCCUCGUUCUUUUCCCAACCCGUGCGACUCUGGACCUAGAGUGGUUACUAUAAUGGAAGGAAUCAGUAAUUUCAAGACACCAAGUAAAUUAUCUGAAAAAAAUAAAUCUGUAUUAUGUUCAACUCCAUGUAUAAACAUCCCCGCCUCUCCAUUUAUGCAGAAGCUUGGCUUUGGUACUGGGGUAAAUGUUUACCUGAUGAAAAGAUCUCCAAAGGGUUUGUCUCAUUCUCCUUGGGCAGUGAAAAAGAUUAAUCCUGUAUGUAAUGAUCAUUAUCGAAGUGUGUACCAAAAGAGAUUAAUCGAUGAAGCUAAGAUUUUGAAAAGCCUUCACCAUCCAAACAUUAUAGGCUAUCGUGCUUUUACUGAAGCUAAUGAUGGAAGUCUAUGUCUUGCUAUGGAAUAUGGAGGUGAAAAGUCUUUAAAUGACUUAAUAGAAGAACGAAAUAAAGACAGUGGAGAUCCUUUUCCAGCAGCCAUAAUUUUAAAAGUUGCUUUGAACAUGGCAAGAGGGUUAAAGUAUCUGCACCAAGAAAAGAAACUGCUUCAUGGAGAUAUAAAGUCUUCAAAUGUUGUAAUUAAAGGGGAUUUUGAAACAAUUAAAAUUUGUGAUGUGGGAGUUUCUCUAACAUUGGAUGAAAAUAUGACUGUGACUGACCCUGAGGCCUGUUACAUUGGCACAGAGCCAUGGAAACCCAAGGAAGCUUUAGAAGAGAAUGGUAUUAUUACUGACAAGGCAGAUAUAUUUGCCUUUGGCCUUACUCUGUGGGAAAUGAUGACUUUGUGUAUUCCACAUAUCAAUCUUUCAGAUGAUGAUGAUGAUGAUAAAACUUUUGAUGAAAGUGACUUUGAUGAUGAAGCAUACUAUGCAGCUUUGGGAACUAGGCCACCUAUUAAUAUGGAAGAAUUGGAUGAAUCAUACCAGAAAGUAAUUGAACUCUUCUCUGUAUGCACUAAUGAAGACCCUAAAGACCGUCCUUCUGCUGCAUGCAUUGUUGAAGCUUUGGAAAUAGAGGUCCAGUAUUAAGUAUGCCCUAUGUAUAUAACUCUUUACUCUGACACAUUUAUAUAGUUACUUUACUGAUCUGUAGUUAGUUAUUAGACUCCUUGGAGGUGGCCUAUUUGAGGACCAUAGUAUUUUGGUAACAUUUGAGUAACUAUUUCUAAUAUAUUUCAUAUAAGCUUAUGAUAAGCUCCUGGAAUUGUACUGGGUUUUCUCUGAGACUAGUUACAUAGUACUUUGUAUUGUUCACGCAGACUUAAAACACUAGCAAUAAAAUGCUGUAAAAUGUUUAACAUUAAUUUGAAUUGA